AUGGUGCUCGGCGUGUCCACGACGACGCUCGUGCUCGCGAUCGGCGCCGGCGCGCUGGCGCUCGGGCCGAGAGACGUCCCGGUGGCGGCGAAAUUCUUGGGAAGACUCACGGGACGCGCGGUGGCGCACGUCGGCGGCGUCGCGCGCGCGAUCGAGCGCGCGACGAACGAGCGGGAGCUGCGAGGGAUACGCGCGGAGGUGCGAGCGUCGAUGAAGGACCUGCGAGGGGUGGCGCGGGAGAUCGAGCGGGAGUUGACGCCGUCGGGACGGCGCGGCGAGGACGAGGGCGAGGGCGAACGCGAGGGCGGGACGAGCGCGACGGCGACGACGGCGACGUCGAGGGACGAUUCGAGGACGUCGACGUCGGCGAGAUACGAACGGGUGAUUCCGGUGAGCGCGCGCGCGGUCGGGGCGACGCCGGCGAGCGGCGGGUUCGGCGUCGCCGGUUCCGAAGUGCUCGCGGCGAGUUUUAAAGAGCGCGAGGUCGCGCUCAAGGCGGCGCGGUUGAUGGAGAGCGGCGCGAUCGAUGACUAUUUAGCGAAGCGCGAGCGCGAGGGGGGCACCGAGUAG